CUCCAGCUUCGCUCCUCGAUGUAUGUUACAGCACUGACACCCCGGGCGGGGGAAUUUUGUGUCGAAUCGCUGGGCAAAGACUUCUUGGCCCUCACUCCUGCUUGCCUCCGUCAGAUUACUUUUCACAGACUGGAGCUGGAUGGGAGGUGGAGACGCCUCCUUCGAGGCUGAAGCUGGGCAGGUCUCCAAAGGUGCAGCAGCCACAGCAAUCCCGCAGUUCAAAGUUAAGCAACAGUUGCACAACUUCCAGCAGCUCCCUUCAGACGGAUACUAAUGAGCUGAAAGCCAGGAGCAUCUGAGGAGGUGAAGAGGAAGCUUCCAGGUCUCUUCCCUUCACCCUAGAAAUCCAGAUAUCUCCCCCAUCCCCAGAGAACUUUGAGAUACUGUCCUUGCUGUUCGCUGGCCUGGCGGGCCAUGGCUCCCUUUGGAAGGAACUUGCUGAAGACUCGGCAUAAAAACAGAUCUCCAACUAAAGACAUGGAUUCAGAAGAGAAAGAAAUUGUGGUUUGGGUUUGCCAAGAAGAGAAGAUUGUCUGUGGGCUAACCAAACGCACCACCUCUGCUGACAUCAUCCAGGCUUUGCUUGAGGAACACGAGACUACGUUUGGAGAGAAACGAUUUCUUCUGGGGAAGCCCAGUGAUUACUGCAUCAUAGAAAAGUGGAGAGGCUCUGAACGGGUUCUUCCCCCAUUAACAAGAAUCCUGAAGCUUUGGAAAGCAUGGGGAGAUGAGCAGCCUAAUAUGCAGUUUGUUUUGGUUAAAGCAGAUGCUUUUCUUCCAGUUCCCUUGUGGCGGACAGCUGAAGCCAAAUUAAUGCAAAACACAGAAAAACUGUGGGAGCUCAGCCCAGCAAAUUACAUGAAGACGUUACCACCAGAUAAGCAAAAGAGAAUAGUCAGAAAAACUUUCCGGAAACUGGCUAAAAUUAAGCAGGACACGGUUUCCCAAGAGCGAGAUAGUAUGGAGACAUUAGUUCAUCUGAUUAUUUCCCAGGAUCAUACUAUUCAUCAACAAGUCAAGAGAAUGAAAGAGCUGGAUCUGGAAAUUGAAAAGUGUGAAGCUAAAUUCCACCUCAACCGGGUAGAAAAUGAUGGAGAAAAUUAUGUCCAGGAUGCAUAUUUGACGCCCAGUUUCGGUGAAGUUGAGCAAAAACUAGGCUUGGAGUAUGAUGAAAACCAGAUUCUGGAGGACCUGAGAGAAAGUGAUGGAAUUGUACAGCUGGAGGAACGACUAACAUAUUAUAGAAAGCUCAUUGAUAAGCUCUCUGCCGAAAUAGAACAAGAGGUAAAAAGUAUUUGCACGGAGAUAAAUGAAGAUGCGGAAGGGGCAGCUGCAAGUGAACUUGAAGGCUCUAAUUUAGAAAGUGUUAAGUGUGACUUGGAGAAAAGCAUGAAAGCUGGUUUGAAAAUCCACUCUUACUUGAGUGGCAUCCAGAAAGAGAUUAAAUACAGUGACUCAUUGCUUCAGAUGAAAGCUAAAGAAUAUGAGCUCCUGGCCAAGGAGUUCAAUUCCCUUCAUAUUAGCAACAAAGAUGAAUGCCAGCUAAAGGAAAACAGAGGAAAGGAAUCUGAGGUCCCUACCAGCAGUGGGGAGGUUCCUCCUUUUACUCAAAGAGUAUUUAACAUGUAUUCAAAUGACACAGACUCGGACACUGGUAUCAGCUCUAACCACAGUCAGGACUCAGAAACAACGGUAGGAGAUAUGGUGCUGUUGUCAACAUAAUUUGAAUGGCUUCUUUCUGACCUACUUCAAUGUUGUUCGCGUUUGUUUAAUUUAGUAGGAAACGUUAAAUAUUCCAUUCUGCAAAAAAAUGUAAAUCACGUUAAAGUGUUCGGUAGUUAAUAAAAACUAGAGAAUUUUGUAAGUUUGUUUUUGAUUUAAGAGUUCCAAUGUGACCUAAUUAUUGCAAGUUCAAACAAUGAACUCUUUAUUAAGAAUGCAGCACAAAUAGCUUGCAGGUAUAUAACAGAGAAAUAAUUUGAUGGGAAUUAUCAUCUCAUAGCUUCUGUGAGAAAUGAUUUAUUCAAACUGCAAACUAAUUCUUGAUAUUAGUCAAUAUAUUGAAACUAUACACAUGAACAAGUAAAAUUAAAAUGUACUGUUAUAUAUUUUUCAACAAUGUAUCAUUGGAAUUUUAUAAUCUGUAAAGUACAUGACAGCUACUAUAUUGUAACUGUAUUAAUUCAAAUUCUGAUUUUUUUCAUUGAUAUUUAGAAUGUGUAUCAUCUCUGUUACUUCCUGAACCCCUCUACCUGUUAGGCCUAGAUGACAGGAAGUGGGAAGGGUUGCUAUUGGGACAUGUACAAAUACCAGCAGUGGAUCAGAGAGGAGUAUAGAAGCCUAAAAUUAUUAAGGGAUAUGAAUGUGCUUUCUCUCCCUGAUAUGCAAAACUUUGGUCAGACCAAUGGUCUGUGCAGUUUCAUUCCUUGAAUGAGAUAUGGCGUGGGUUACAGAGAAAAUCACAGGGUCCUAGUCCUGUUAGAUUAUACCUUAUCUACAAAGGUUGAAGGGAUGCAACUUGGGGUCCUUCCUGUGGGUAAAAUAGAGUUCUACGUGCCAUAAGUAUUAAUAUUAGCAUUUCGUCUCUGAACAUAUAGAUAGGACCUAAUAUGGACAAAAAUCUUUUAUUCUGCUACACUAUAAUUCAGAUUAUCUUUGUAGUACUUCAUCUAAGGUGCAAACUGAAAAAAA